AUGGACCGGAGCCUGCGGAACGUGCUGGUGGUGGCCUUGGGCUUCCUGCUGCUCUUCACGGCCUACGGCGGCCUCCAGAGCCUGCAGAGCAGCCUGUACAGCGACGAGGGCCUGGGUGUGACGGUGCUGAGCACGCUGUACGGCGCGGUGCUGCUGUCCUCCAUGCUGCUGCCGCCGCUGCUCAUCCGGACGCUGGGAUGCAAGUGGACCAUCGUGCUCUCCAUGGGCUGCUACGUGGCCUUCUCCCUGGGCAACUUCUACGCCAGCUGGUACACACUGAUCCCCACCUCCAUCCUGCUGGGCCUGGGCGCGGCCCCGCUGUGGUCUGCUCAGUCCACCUACCUCACCGUGGUGGGAAACGCUCACGCAGAGAAGGCGGGAAAGGCGGGCCGGGACGUGGUGAACCAGUAUUUCGGCAUCUUCUUCCUCCUCUUCCAGUCGUCAGGCGUGUGGGGCAACCUCAUCUCGUCCCUCGUGUUUGGCCAGAAGCCCACGCAAGAUGCCGUCCCCGAUGAGCAGCUCCUGUCCUGCGGGGCCAAUGACUGCCUGAUGGCCACGGCGCCCGGCAACAGCACCCGGCGCCCGUCCCAGGAGCUGAUCUACACGCUGCUCGGCAUCUACACAGGGAGCGGCGUCCUGGCCGUCCUGCUGGUAGCGCUCUUUCUCGACCCCAUCAGAGACACUCUGCACAAAGGUGAAGGCGAGACGCCAUCUGUUCGGUCCACUUUGCUGUCGACUCUCAAGCUUCUCAGAGACAGACGCCUGCGUCUCCUUGUGCUGCUGCCCUUGUACAGCGGGUUCGAGCAGGCCUUCCUGGCGGGCGACUACACCAGGUCCUACACCACCUGUGCCCUCGGCAUCCACUUCGUGGGCUACGUGAUGAUCUGCUUCGCGGCCACCAACGCGCUGUGCUCCGAGCUCUACGGGAAGGUGGCGCGGUACACGGGCAGGGCCGCGCUCUACGCCUUCGGUGCAGCCACCCACCUGUCCUGCAUCGUCGCCCUCCUGCUGUGGGAGCCGCGCCCCGGCCAGCUGCCCGUGUUCUUCGUGUUCUCUGGCCUCUGGGGCGUGGCCGACGCCGUCUGGCAGACGCAGAACAAUGUGCUCUUCGGCGUCCUGUUCGACAAGGACAAGGAGGCCGCCUUCGCCAACUACCGCCUGUGGGAGGCCCUGGGCUUCGUCGUCGCCUUCGGCUACAGCACGUUCCUGUGCGUCCGCGUGAAGCUCUACAUCCUGCUGGCCGUGCUGAGCGCAGCCAUGCUGGCCUACGCGGCCCUCGAGGUCCUGGAGUCCAGGGCCCGGCCCGGGGCCCCCACCGCGGCCGCGGCGACACCGGCCGAGGCGGGAGAGACGCAGACGAAAAUGUGACGGCGCCGCGCUCCACGCGGCGGGCGACCGAGGCCUCGCGGGAGGGGCCUGGCGGCUGCUGACCGCGCUUCACAGCCGUCUUAGCAGGAGGUGGCCUUGGGAGGCAUAAGAUAGAGUUAUUUUUGUAUGUCAGGUCUUCCUGUCCUGCCAAGUGUCCCGUCCACCAUCUCACCGAUGAGGGCGAGGACAGCACCGAGGAAAAUCGGUUCCUUUCAGGCACGAGAGGAGAAGGUUUGGGCGCGCUCGCCGACGGGAACCCGCUCCGAACCCUGGACCCGGCGGCGUGGACGUGCCGGUGUGUUGCUGCUGGUGGUGCCUUUAGGGACCAGAAGCCGCUUGACGCAAUGCAGCCGCCCGAGCCGCCACCCCCAACCCCCAGGCGGCCACGCUGCCCCCCGGGGCGGCGGGACCAGCCAGACCGCAGUCUACGCUGCCCGAAACGGACGGAGUAAGCGUUUCUAAAUAAA